AUGGACGUGAAGGAAGUGUUUGAUCUCUACGACGUUGAGGGCGAGGGUUACAUUCCCUCCAAUGACCUCGGCAACGUGCUGCGCGCUUUCGGCCACAACCCCACAGAGUCCGAGUUGCAGGAGCUGCUGCUGACGGUUGACAGCGGCAGCGGCCGCCUAUCCCUGCAGGAGGUGAACACAUGCGUGUCCAACUUCAAGGGCGGCGCUGACUACGCACAACAAGUCCGCGAGGUCGACAACAUGAUGCGGGAGGCUGGGUUUGCUGGCAAGUCGUCCAUCUCCCAGGACGAGUUUAUCAAGCUGAUGCUCCAGCCCGUGUAAGGACAAAGCGAAGAGAUAGUGCAUUUAUGCGCACGCGCGUGUGUGUGUGUCUGUGUCUGUUUUGCAGUGCAGCGUCGUUGCUGUCCCGCUGCUUCGUUCUCGUGAAGCAACAAGGAGCAAGGAGUGAUUGAACAUGGCUUUGUUCUUCUCACUCUCUGAUGACUGCUUGCGUUGAGGUGUGUGUUUUGUCAUUGUCAUCGUGUGGAUCCGUUUUUUCUGCCGUUUGAGAGCGCUUUUGGUGCUGUGUUUCCUUCCUUGCCAUUCCGACCUCGUUUCCAUGGCUUUUGUUUGUUUUGUCGUGUUAUGCUCCCUUCCCCUGCUCCAUCUCAUCAUCGACAGCAACAACCACAACAACCCACAACCCACAAGUCAAGAAUUCGUGCACCACCAAAGGGUGCGAGCGGGUGACCAUCACAGCGAACGCAAAGCACCUUCCUUGAUCAAAGUGCGCACUUUAAAACUGCAUCAAAUCUAGGCAGUUCCAGCAGUAGAGUGAUGACUUUUCCCUG